CGACCUGGUUACUAAAUAUCCUUUUCCGGAAAAUUGUGUAUUUAUUAAACCGCCAGUACUUAACCCCGAAAUAAAAGCCACAAUUUCUGAGGCAGCUGUGGCUAGGGACUCUCGCUUGCUUAAUAACCAGAAACAACUAUGCGCUGCAUGGAUUGCUAACGCGAAGGUUCUUAACAAGAUUUUAACCUCCGACAACAUUCCAGUAGAAUCAAGAAUGUUUAUGGCGGAGAAUAUUAGCAAUUCAUCACGGCUGUUAUCGAACCAAAUUUUUGUACAAACAAAUAUUCGACGAUCUUUAGUUUCAAACCUACUGAACGAGAAACUUAAAGACACUCUUCAAAAUUCAGUGUCCGACAACCUCUUAUUUGGCAGUACUCUGAUAGAGGAUAUAAAAUGUGCCAAAGAAGUUCAGAAAUCGAAAUCUGACCUUCAAAAACCCCCCAAGGUGAGAGAUAAAACAAAACAUUUAAACUGGAAGGGUCCAGCUGCGAAUUCUCAGAGAAGCUUUCCCCAGGCUGGACCAAUGAGAACCAGGGUUGCUUCUCAAACCGAGAGAUAUCGGGAUCUCCGAAAAAUGGCCUUUCCUCAAAAGAAAAUGGGCAGCAGACAUCCAUUUGUACGAGAGAAAAACCAAGACAAGACAAGACAGACUUAUCAACGCAGGAGCAGAUUUUAUUAGAAAAUGAGGACGAUUCACCCAUUGGCAAAAUCAACUACACUACUGGCCGCAACUUUGUCAGCAAGAUUUUCGAAAACAGGAAAAUACCAAAACCUUCAAUUAACAUUAUGAUUUCAUCACUAAGUACAGCUACCAUAAACCAAUAUUCAGUACAUUGGAAAAACUGGGUAUCUUUUUGUUGUGCACAGAAGACAACUCCAUUUAACAACAAGGUUAACAUGAUCAUAGAGUUUUUAACAAACAUGUUUCAUAAUAAUAGUUCAUACACUUCUAUUAACACAGCUAGAUCGGCUAUAUCACUCAUUACAGGAAACACACUUGGAGAACACGAGAAUCUGAAAAGAUUUAUGAAAGGAAUUCAUAAUCUAAGGCCAAGUAAACCUAAAUAUAAUGACACAUGGGACCCAAAGAUAGUUCUCGAGCAUUUGCAAACACUACAUCCCAACGACAGUAUCUCCUUAGAAAUGUUAUCAUCAAAGUUAAUAACCCUGAUAUUACUGUGCACAGGACACAGAUUACAAACAUGCUACCAUAUCAAAUUAGAUAAUAUAAAGUUUUCAGAUCAAGGUGCUACCAUUUACAUUACAGAUCGUAUUAAAACUUCUGGACCAAAGAAAGUACAACCCAUUUUAGUGUUACCGUAUUUUAAUGAAAAUCCAAAUUUAUGUGUGGCAGGAACCUUAAAAAAUUAUAUAGCACGAACAAAAGUUCUUAGAGGAAAAGAAAAUCAACUCUUUAUUUCUUUCAAACCACCACAUAAAGCAGUAACGACUCAGUCUUUAAGUAGAUGGGUAAAAAUAAUAUUUGAAAAAAGUGGAAUAAAUUGUAAAUAUACACCAUAUAGCAUAAGACAUGCAUCCACAUCUUUAGCUAAAAGACAAGGAGUUCCUUUAGAGCUAAUUAAAAAAGUGGCGGGCUGGUCACCAAUCUCCACCACAUUCUCAAAAUUUUACGACAGACCUUUAGAUAAUAACGAUAGAUUUGCAAAAACCGUUUUGUCAUCGCAAAUGUAACCUUUUACUUAUCGUAGAUACUAAGUUUAGUUUUAGUUAUAAAACUAGCGAUAUUGUCUUUGGUUAAUUAGGGUAGGAUUUUUCGUUGUGGAAUCUUAUUAUCACACUUA